AGGUUUUCAAGUCCUUCCCUUUCCACAUGCUAAAAUAUCUGCUACUUUGUAACCUCAUAUCCAGUGCCUACUGCUUCGUCUGUAAGGAUCAGAACAAUGAGCCGGUGGAGUGGUUCGCUGUAUACAAAAUGCCCAUGGAAAACGCGGACAAUUCUGUACCAGGAAUACAAAAAGGUGUCGCAUGGUACUAUGUUGACUCCAACAACAAGGGAGCUCUAACACCUUCACAGAAAACUCUGGAUGAUAAGGACCAGGCUAUUGCUUACACUCUCAACCAGUAUUAUGCGAAGCAGUUUGAUUCCACUAUCUUUCACGUUAUGUACAAUGAUGAGCCAUAUAACUCUACAUCUCCAACACUUCUCGACGCCCUUAUGAGCAAUCGAGCCGAAUUGCCUACCAUACAGUUCGGACACACCAAAGGCACUAUCUUCUUUGACAGUACCAGUGGUGUAUGGCUAAUUCACAGCGUUCCGAAAUUCCCUCCACCAGAUCACUACGAGUAUCCAGCUACCGGACACGAUUACGGACAGACGAUGCUAUGUCUUAGCUUCAAUUAUGCUGCUCUAGAAGGCAUAGCUACUCAGCUAUACUAUAACAAACCCGAUAUCUAUUCUUCACAGCUUCCUACGAAAAUGGCAGCUGAUUUCCCAGUCUUGGCACAGGUUAUCGCUGGCAAAUAUAAGCAAGGAGAGCCUUAUUUCAACACCCUAACUCUGACAACUAUCAAUGGACAAAAGUUUACCUCAUUUGCAAAAAGCAAUCAGUUCAAUAACGAUCUCUACGACGGUUUGGUUGCUCCUAUUCUUCAGACGGACCUUAUCGCGGAGACAUGGCGACGAGGAUCGGAGAUACCUCUAUCAUGCACCACCGCCUAUCACACUAAUGAUGCUUUGGAAAUACAGGUUGGUUCGACCUCGGAAUUCAAGUACACGAAAGACCACUCGAAGAUGGCAAGGUCAACAGAUCCUACCAAGCCUUGGGUGUGUAUCGGAGACAUCAACAGAAUGACAUCGCAAUAUGUGCGAGGAGGAGGUACCACAUGUAUAUCGAGCACGUUCCUAUGGAAAGCGUUCAACGUCAUCAAAGAUGAAAAUCAUUGUUGAGGAGUAUAGCAGCCAUUGAGACUCUGAUUUAAAGCAGUGAGAAAGCACCGACUGAUGCUUUGUAUAAAGCGGAUUCUAAUGA